AUGGCCUGGACGCUGGUCACACCCGCUUCACGGGGCAUUGGCAUGGCUCUGACCCGUCGACUGCUCCAGACUUUGCCGGCCAGCGUGCCCAUAGUUGCGACCGCACGAUCGGAUCAGUCCGGGGUCAAGGAGAGACUUGUUUCAUCGCUGGACUUGAGUGCAGCGCAAGUUUCGCGACUGGACGUGCAGAAGUGUGAUGUCCUUUCGGAGUCGUCAAUUGCCAACUUGGCCGGAUAUUGCAAAGAGCGCUAUGGCGACAGGAGCAAGAACAAAAGUUCUCAUCUACGACUGGGCCUCAUGAUUCCUGGUAUGUUGGUGCCGGAAAGGGCGCCCGACAAGAUCGAGUACGACGCGGCUCUGGAGACACUGAAGCUCAAUCUGCUGGCACCGAUGAUGCUGGUGAAACACUUCUGCCGCUUUCUACCGCGAAAGUCGGCCACACUGGAGCCCCUUGACGCAAUGCCGGACUCGGCGGUAUUGGCUCUGAUGAGUGCAAGAGUUGGAUCCAUCAGCGACAACCGUCUCGGCGGUUGGUACAGCUAUCGGUCUUCCAAGGCUGGACUCAACCAGUUGGUCAAAUCGACAGACAUCUACUUGAGGAUGCAAAGCGCAGCGAACGCCAUGUGCAUUGGCUUGCACCCUGGGACGGUCAAGACUGGCUUGAGUGAAGAGUUCUGGGAGAGUACUCCCAAAGAAAGACUGUUCACUCCAGAGUUCAGCGCAGAGAGAUUGAUGGACGUUGUCGCGUGCGUGCAGGAGGCUGGACGUGGCAGAUGUUGGGACUGGGAAGGCAAAGAGAUCCCUCCGUAG